GGAUCUAGGCACAGACAGGGAGAGAGCCCGAGGAGCAGGGCGAGGAGGACGCACUGGCAGCGACGAUGCACACACACACGCACACACAGCAUCGCACAAACUCUCCUUCCCUUCCUCCCAUUCCAUUCAAUCACGGACAAGACAAGCCCAUAUUCGUGGCAUCUAGAUCAGGAAUCCCUGCCAAACUCGCUGCUUACUAUCCGCUAGAUCUCACUCUUCCUUACUAAGAGAGAGAGAGAGAGAGAGAGAGAGAAGCCCAGCGUUCAGAUCCUGCACUUCCGAGUGCAUUCAACGCGGAGUUUGGUGAACUGUUGGAUCGGCGAGUGCCUGCUAAUACCAGGAAGGAAUGUGCUGGCGGAGCACGUAGUGUAGCGUAAACUGGUGUUGCAUUUCAAUGUGAUCGGGACUCGUGGUGAGAUUCAAUACUUCAUUCUAACGGAGCGGCUGGAACCCUUGAUUUAGGAGGAAAAAUUUCUGUACAGCGAUAGAGAGGCACUGGACUUCAUUCACAUUGUUCAGGGUUAGUGUCUUCCGAAGCUGAGUAGGGAGGUUAACGGUUAUGUGAGCACAGUAGUGGUGAGAUUCGCUCCAGGUGGAGAGAGGAGCAAUCGAAGUUCGUUUUAGCUGGAUUGAUGAGUAGAGAAGAGAAUCAUCCCGAGGACAAGAAGCUCUCGGCUGUGAAGAGCUGGUUCACACGGAGUAUCAGUUUUGGAGGUGUCCAUGGCUCCAGCACUUCUUUGGCUGCGGCUGCAGCGUCGAAAGGCCAAUCUGAAGGAAAUGGUAAUAAUGGAGAAGAUCAAGAUACUUGGGGAGGCUUUAACACCACAUUGAAGCAGCUAUCCAUGAGGAGGACGAAGGUUUCCAUGGAGACGGAAAAAGAGGGUGUGCCUGGGAGCCCUUCCAUGACGCCUAGGAACGUCACUCCUUUGGUUCCUCUCACCCCGCUCAGGUGGAAAUCCAACCCCUCUGAGCAAGACGAGCUGCAGAGUGCUGCCGCUACAGUAGAACGCUCUAGGCUUGGAUUGAGUGCAUCAAAUGUCACUGUGUCAUCCGAAGAGCACUGUAGGAGCAAUCUGCCUACGGAUGGGAGUGAAGUUGAGAACAAAGAGGAUCGGGAUACGACUUACUUUCUGAUACGUAGACUGUGA